AUGGAGAAGCAAGAUGUCUCCUCGACUUCUACUACCCCCGAAUCCUCGCUUGCCCCCGAAAACAACGACGACAAGAAAACUACCGGCUACGGAGGUUUUGUGAGAGUCUUCAAGUACGGUGAACCGGUCGACUAUGUCCUCGAAUUCAUCGGAAUCCUGGCCGCCAUCGGCUCAGGAGUUGCCUUGACCAUGAUGAACUUGAUCAUCGGGAACAUGAGCAACGACUUCACUGCCGCUACCGCCAACCCCGACAAAUUCAUGGCCAGCGUUAGCCAAAAUGCGCUUUACUUCGUGUACAUUGGCAUCGCUCGAUUCGCUACGACCUACAUCUACUCAUCCCUUUUCACCUACGUCGCCUUCAAACUGACCCGCAACGUUCGACGCUGCUACCUUCAGGCCGCUUUGAGCCAGGAGAUCAGCUUCUUCGACCAUGGCACUGCUGGCUCCAUCGCUAUGCAAGCUACCACCAACGGAAAGCUCAUCCAGUCAGGAAUCGCCGAGAAGCUGGGCUUGUUCGUGGCCUCCAUAAGCACUUUCAUCAGCGCCUUCAUUCUCGCUUUCACCCAGAACGCCAAGUUGAGCGGCAUUCUCAUCAGCAUCAUUCCCGCAAUCCUGAUUGUGGUCAUGCUCAUGGCUGGCAAGGAUUCCGUGCUUGAGACCAAGACUUUGCAGAUCAACGCCCAAGCCGGUACAUACGCCGAAAGCGCCUUGGGAAGCAUCCGCGCCAUCAAAGCCUUCAGUCUGGAGUCUCGAAUCAUGCAUACAUACAACACAUACCUUGAGAAGGCUCGCGUGAUUGGAGACAAGAAGAGUCCGCUUUACGGUGUCAUGUUUGGCUGGCAAUACUUCAUCAUCUAUGCCGGCAUGGGUCUGGCAUUUUGGCAAGGUAUUGCCAUGAUUGCUCGUGGUGAAGUCGAUGGCAUCGGAACAGUCUUCACUGUGCUCUUCUCUGUCAUCAUUGCUUCAACCUCAAUCAAUGGAAUUGCCCCCCAUCUUAUGGCGUUCAGUCGUGCCGCUACGUCCGCCUCGGAGCUUUUUGCUCUGAUCGACAGGAAGUCCAAGAUUGACCCCUUUGACGAGUCCGGGCAGAUACCCAGCAACGUCUCUGGAUUCAUCGAUAUUCAAGGACUUACCUUCAGCUAUCCUACACGACCAGAUACCACAGUGCUUGAGAACUACUCUCUACACAUUCCCGCCGGCAAAGUGACGGCCCUUGUUGGAGCCAGUGGCAGCGGUAAGAGUACCAUCAUCGGACUUUUGGAGAGGUGGUACGACCCUGCUUCCGGCGCAAUCACGCUUGAUGGGACCAACAUCCGCGAUUUGAGUCUUGGUUGGCUGCGUACAACUAUGCGUCUCGUGCAGCAGGAACCUGUUCUCUUCAACGGUACUGUCUUCGAGAAUAUUGUCAACGGCCUCGUUGGAACGGCUUGGGAAUCAGCCUCGAAGGAGGAGCAGUUGCAGCGCGUUAAACAAGCCGCCAAAAUCGCAUUCGCCGACGACUUCAUCGCCAACCUUCCCGAAGGCUACGACACCCGCAUUGGCGAAAGAGGUGGCCUUUUGUCUGGUGGCCAAAAGCAACGUAUCGCCAUUGCUCGCAGCGUCAUUUCUGAACCCAAAAUUCUUCUUCUCGACGAAGCCACCAGCGCCCUCGACCCCCAUGCCGAAGGCAUCGUUCAGCAAGCUCUCGAUAGUGCCUCCAAGGACAGAACCACGGUCGUCAUUGCCCACAAGCUCGCAACCAUCCGCAACGCGGACAAUAUUGUCGUCAUGUCCAAAGGCAAGAUCGUCGAGCAGGGCAAGCACGAUGAGUUGGUAGCGUUGAAUGGCUCCUACGCGAAACUAGUCAAGGCGCAGAAUCUUUCGGUCGAGAGGAAAGACAGCGUUGAUCAUACUUCCGAGGAUGACUCCACUGUGGCAGCCGAACCUGCGCAAUCACUUGCCAAGUACGACACCGCAGUUGCUCAACAUCUCAUGUCUCUCAAGGACAAGGAGGACUUCAAGCUCUACAAGCAGACCGGACUCCUUCACACGGUUGGCAAGUUGAUGCAGUCAACCCCCGAGCUCAAGGUUUGGUACUGUGUGACAUUUGUCACUUGUGUUUUGGGAGCCGCCAUCUACCCUGGCCAGACUCUGCUACUAUCCAAGGUGAUGGACAUCUUCACCUCAUCGGACAUGGUCAAACAGGGCAACUUCGUCGCUUUGAUGUACUUCGUCAUGUCGCUGGGCACUUUGAUUGUUUACUUCGUCAUGGGCUGGACCACCAACAUCAUCACACAAACUCUGAGCAGGAAGGUUCGCCAAGGUCUGCUGAACGGAAUGCUCAGACAGGAUCUCCGCUUCUUCGACCGGGCUGAAAACACCGUCGGUGCCCUCAACAGCCGUAUCGAUUCCCACGCCCAGGCUGUACUCGAGCUGAUGGGAUUCAACGUCUCCCUUGCUUUUCUGUCCUUCAUCAACGUUGUCGCCAGCAGCGUCCUUGCCAUCGCGAUUUCAUGGAAGCUUGGUCUUGUCGGAGUUUUUGCCGGCAUGCCCCCUUUGUUGUUGUCUGGCUUUGCCCGCAUUCGUAUUGAGACGAGGAUGGACUCCGAUGUCGACAAGAGGUUCUCUACAAGUGCCUCUCUGGCAUCGGAAACCGUGAACGCUAUCCGCACAGUCUCAUCGUUGGCCAUUGAGAAGAAUGUCCUCCAGAGAUACACCAACGAACUCGACAAUGCCAUUUCGAGCUCGACCUAUCCUGUUUUCAACAUGAUGAUCUGGUUUGCUCUGACCCAGUCCAUCGAGUUUUUCAUCCUCGCGCUUGGCUUUUGGUGGGGAUCAAAGCUGGUUUCCAACGGCGAGAUCAACUUCUCUCAGUUCAUCAUCUCCUUCAUGGGUGUCUUCUUUUCUGGCCAGGCUGCUGGUGUCAUAUUCAGUUUCUCCAGCAGUUUCACCAAGGCCAAUUCAGCUGCCAACUACUUCUUUUGGCUUCUUGGUCUGCAGCCAACUAUACAGGAAACGGGCGAGAACCAGGAAAAGGGCCCCCCUGGCGGCUGCAGUUCUAUCGGCUUCGAUGACGUUCAGUUUUCAUACCCCUUGGCCCCUGAUAACCGGGUACUCAAGGGCGUUUCCUUGACAAUUGAUCGCGGUCAGUUCGUUGCAUUUGUCGGAGCCUCGGGUUGCGGCAAGUCAACGAUGAUCUCUCUUCUCGAACGAUUCUACGACCCGACGAGCGGUACGAUCAAGAUUGACGGCGCGGCUCCUCUCACAAGCAUCAGCCCCCGACUCUACCGCAGCAGACUGGCCCUCGUGCAGCAAGAACCAACACUCUUCCCCGGAAGCAUCCGAGACAACAUCGCAUCUGGCAUUGACGUCGAGCCCGAGGAGCAGGGCUCCGUUGAUGAUCGUGUCAUCGAAGAAGCUUGUCGCGCCGCGAACGCAUGGGACUUUGUCAGUUCCCUCCCCGAAGGCCUCAACACACCUUGUGGACAAGGAGGCAGUCAACUCUCUGGCGGUCAGCGCCAGCGCAUCGCCAUUGCUCGAGCCCUCGUUCGGAACCCCAGCGUCAUUCUACUGGACGAGGCCACAAGCGCUCUCGAUACGGAGUCGGAGAAGAUCGUUCAGAAGGCGUUGAUGGAGGCGGCCGUCACCGGAGACCGCAUCACCAUCGCCGUGGCGCACCGCCUGUCUACCAUCCGCGACGCGGACCGGAUCUGCGUCUUUUACGGCGGUCGCAUCGUCGAAGCCGGAACACACGACGAGCUCAUCGAGCAGGGCGGGAUGUACAAGAAGAUGUGCGAGGCGCAGAGCUUGGAUAGAGCGACUUAG